CCCACAUGGUUACCACAACUGAAGCGGCGCGUGGUGUCCGCGUCGUAGGUGUGAAAGCUGACGGUCCAGCGCUUCACACUGCUCGCGGCUGCUGUCGUCCUCCAGGGGCGUUCGAACCUUCGAGGAUUAGCUGCUGCGGACGGACAUGGCCGAUGCUUUGAGGAGGCUGACCCACACCUCAUCCUUCAGCGUCUUGCAGGAUAAGCUGGAGAGCUGGCACAGAGACUAUCAUGUGAAUUCCUGUGACCAGAAUCUGAAUAGAUGCUGUGAACUGAUUGAGCUGGCUGCCAAGAUCCAGGGACAACUGUUUGCCAUCCUUAACCUCACGGCUGCUGAAGGCGGACAAUAUGCUGGAGUGGACACACUCAAAACACGACUGCUUCCUUGGCUUGGAAGCUGUUUCUCAAUGGCAAGGCCUGCAGUGACCGAUGACACCAGUCUUCAGCUCAUCCAGGACUCUGUAGAAAAGGACAGGAGGAUCAGAGAGCUCUCUGCAUCCCAUGAAAAUGACAUGCAGAAGAUGGAGACUCAGCUGUGCUCAACUCGCCUACAGCUGGACUCGGUCCGAGCAGAGUUGGCUGACGCUCAGCGGGAACUGGAUGAUGCAAAGAGCAAGUCCACAACCACGUUGCUAGCCAUUGAGGAUGAGAUAUUACAGCUGAAAGCAGAUUUACAAGCCGCGCACGAGGAGGUGGAGAUUUACAAGCGGAGGCUGGCUACGGUCGAGGACUACGAGCGUCAGACCCGCUUGCUUCGAGACGAGGUGUCCUAUCUGAGCGCCGAGAAGGCCGUGCUGCAGGAGAGGCUGGUUAGAAGUCGCUCGCCGAGCCCCCUCCCUAGGCUGAGCCGCUCCUCCAGCCCCACCAGGGCCGAGUCGCCCACCAGAGCCCGGCUCACCAGCGCGUCCCGCCACGCCCGCCUCGUGUCCCGCUUCAGCGACCUGUACGCUGCGGAGCGUCUGGAGGCCCAGGCAACGCUGCGGCGCUACGUUGAGGAUCUAGAGAUGGUCCAGAAAAUCAUCUUCAUCGCUGUCGUGGAGUCCUUUAACGUAGCGAAACUGGCCUACCGUCAGUUCAAGCUGCGCGUGAGGAAGAACCUGUCGCCGUCUCACUUUGGUCCAUCGAGUCUAGAAGACGCAGCUGUGGAUUACAUUGUCAGGAAUUUGGACCUCUAUGAUGUACAAGCCAGCGUCAAUGACGUGAUUAAUGCCAUGAACGUGAACCCCCGGAUCUCCUUCCCGCCAGAGGUGGACUUCGUCCUCGUCAGUGCCUUGGUGAGGGAGACUUGCAGGGUGGCCUUUGCCAUGCAGACUCUGGACCCCCCACUCGACUUGGCCUUUGCAAGCGACGGAGAACUUUACAACGACAACAAGUAUCGGCGGAGCUUUGACUCUGACUUCACGGCUCCUCUGGUGUUUUACCAUGUGUGGCCAGCGUUGGUGGAAGGAAAUGCCGUGAUCGCGAAAGGAGAAGCCGUGACUAGGAGAGGCGCAAUGUGGAGCCGAAGCCGAAGCAGGAGCAGCAGCCCCGUGCGGUCUCGCUCUCUCAGUCCCACCCGCAGCCUUGCAUUCAACAGCAGGAGAAGCCUGUCUCCUGAACGCCUCAGAGCAAGUCACCUGUGACCUCCUCCAUCCAGCAGCCCCAAUGGCCCACACCUGAAAUCAAAUAAAGCUGGGCUUUCACCAAUUAAUGACAGUGAACGCCUCGUGUCUUGUACCAGCCAAAGGCAGCUCAGAGUUUAGGCUUUAAUGGAAGACUGAGAGUUACUAGACACAAUAGUCAGGCAGCUGAUUGUGCAGUUGUAUUAGUUUACAAUAUUUACACUAUAAUUACAAUUUGUAUAGAUACUAACUGUAGAUUACUUAAUUAAGUAUGCUUUCCGAGGUAAUUGAGACUAACGCAGUAACACUACACUGUAUAUGCAACAGUCUUAAGGUGUCCUGUAUAGAAUGGUGCUGAAGCUCACUAAUGCUAACUGUAACUUAGUCCCGAUACUUGACUAACCAAUAUUGAUUAUACAUUUAUUAUUAGCGUUUUUAUGUUUUAUUUUUGUGUUUUUCUUUAUAAUAAAUUUAAUUUUCAGAAAAGUCAUUCUAAUUGGCGGCUGGGUAUUUUCCAGCAAUAUCUGGAUACAUUCGAUUUGACAUGUUUUUUAUUUGUGUGCUGUGUUUUAAUAAUAUACUGUACAUCAUUUACCUUUUAAUAGCUUGAAUGCACAAUAUAUUGUUUGAGUUCA